GGGGGGCUUUGAUUGUGCCAUCAUCAUCAUCAUCAUCAUAAUGACUUAACUGAGCAAUAUCUGUAAUGUGGGACACUGUUGUCACCGCGAACACAUGUACACUCUCAUAACAGUGCGUCCUCCCUCCCUUCGCUCUGUCCCUCUUGACUUGGUGACAGACCUAAAAGCCUUUUGUUGCAAUCUUAGCCAAUGGAGACGGAUUACGACACCGGGCAGCUGAGAUAUAUAAAGAGCCCCUUUUUGACCGCACUUGCACAUUCUUCAGUGACACUUCUGAAUAUCCGCACACACCUCCGUGGACUAAAAUUGUACAGGAGACCGAUAUAACCGACAUAACCAUCCGAGCUUCUCCUUCAUGUAGCCAGGCAAUGCAUUCUUCGGGGAGAUAAUUAGACAACUUUCAAUCAUCCAAGUCUCCGCAGAGACACACUGGGACGCAGUUUUGUUUCAAUUUCAAUUGCACAGGCUCCUGCUGCAAAAGGCAACUUCGUUUUGGAUUGGAUGCAUGUCACUGCCUUUACUGGGAUAAAUCAAGGAGCAGCGCAGACCGAGAGAGGGGAUAUAACGGAGUAAAGGGAGCAGAAGAGGAGAGAGAGAGAGAGAGAGAGAGAGAGAGAGAGAUUGAGAGUUUGAAAAGUUGCAUCGCCUGGUGUUCGCGCAUCGUCAUGUCGAGGUACAACUUCUUGCUGUGCUUAAUGGUUCUUAUCUCUUUGGGACAGUCGGGGAGCGAUGAACCCAAUCUGCUGCUGCCUCACGCCAGCGAGACGCCCACGGAUGCCGGGCUGUCUCUUCUGGACGAGGACGCCGGUGCCCACGAGUGUUCCGCCUGCGUUUGGAGGGAGCAGAGCAAAGUGCUGCGGCUAGAAACCAUCAAGUCCCAGAUCCUGAGCAAACUGCGUCUAAAGCAGGCUCCCAACAUCAGCCGGGAGGUGGUCAAUCAGCUGCUGCCCAAGGCGCCUCCGCUCCAGCAGCUCCUGGACCAUCACGACUUCCAGGGAGAUGCGUCGUCCCAGGAUGAGUUUAUGGAGGAGGACGAAUAUCACGCCACUACUGAGUCCGUGAUUACAAUGGCUUCUGAACCGGAGCCCCUGGUGCAGGUGAACGGAAAGCCGAGCUGCUGCUUCUUCAAGUUCAGCCCCAAACUGAUGUUCACCAAAGUGCUGAAGGCCCAGCUGUGGGUGUACCUGCGGCCUCUGCAGCAGACCUCCACCGUCUACCUGCAGAUCCUCCGACUGAAGCCUGUCACGGAGCAGGGCAGCCGCCACAUCCGCAUCCGCUCCCUGAAAAUCGAGCUCAACUCCCGCGUCGGCCACUGGCAAAGUAUUGACUUUAAGCACGUGUUGCAGAACUGGUUCAAGCAGCCGCACACCAACUGGGGAAUUGACAUCAACGCCUUUGACGAGAGCGGCAAUGAUCUGGCAGUUACCUCGCUGCGGCCUGGGGAGGAGGGGCUGCAGCCGUUCCUGGAAGUCAAGGUUCUGGAAACGACCAAACGUUCUCGUCGAAACCUCGGCCUGGACUGCGACGAGCACUCCACCGAGUCCCGCUGCUGUCGCUACCCUCUGACUGUGGAUUUCGAAGCGUUCGGGUGGGACUGGAUCAUUGCUCCCAAACGCUACAAAGCCAACUACUGCUCCGGCCAGUGCGAGUACAUGUUCAUGCAGAAAUACCCGCACACCCACUUGGUGCAGCACGCCAACCCUCGGGGCUCCGCCGGGCCCUGCUGUACGCCCACCAAGAUGUCCCCCAUUAACAUGCUCUACUUUAAUGACAAGCAGCAGAUCAUUCACGGCAAGAUCCCGGGGAUGGUGGUGGAUCGAUGUGGCUGCUCCUAGGCUGCAGGGGGAGAUGCACACUUGUGUUCAACCACCAUUGCUUCAGUCCACCCAAAACCCUUACGGAGCUCUCCCCCAGCACCAGAAUCCAAUCCACUGCACCAGAUUUCAUUUUCCUUCAGCUACGAAAAACAUCCACCGGCUUUUUUUGAUUUUUCUAGUGAUUAAUGAAUUCAUUCUAACUGUAAAAAAGUAUAAAUGAGAUAUGAAUUUAAAAUGGACUCGAGCGACGGAAAUACAGCACACGAUGAAUAACUUAAGAGGUUGAACUUCUGGAGCUGUGUAAUAGAGUUUGUGUUUGUUUUGUUUUUUUAAGCAUUUGUUUGUCUGUUUGUUUGUUUGUUUGUUUGUUUGUUUGUUUGUCUGUCUGUCUGUUAAUUGUCCUCUUUGUAAAAUGUCCUGAUUGGAUUGAGAUGACAGGAGACUUAAGCAUUUCCAAUACUUUUAGAGCUUAGAACAAGUGUCACAGCUUUGCUAACUUACCAGUGAGAAAUACAGUAAUUAACCAAAAUUGAUUGUAGGGGUUCAUGAUCCUCUGUCUUUAAGGAAAACAUACUUUCAUUCAGAGAGUUCACCAUUAGAGUUCCAUUUAGAUCAGAUCUCGUUUACAGAAGUUCUCCCAGGUUGCAUGUGAAUGUGUGCCACCUCUGGCAAUGAUGCAGCACUGCAGGUUUAGUCUGGUUCAGAAAGAAUUCACACCAACCUAAAACUGUCUUCAUUUACAGAAGCCAAUAUGUCGUUCACCAUCCGUCGUUUAUUUUCCACAACAGCUUGUCGUAGUUAUUACAUGUUUGUCCAAUGUUAGAUCACGUUGACGGAGCUGCUACUUUUCUGCCUCUCCAGAAAAUGAGACGAGAAGCAGAUUUAGGUUUGAUUUGCACAUUGAAGUCGAAGACUAAGUGGCCAUUUUAGAUCAAUCCUUAAGCUGACCUGCGUGAUCUUUGAAAAUGUUGGAUGAAGACGGAAGGAGAAGAAGAACCUGAAAACAUUUCUUUAUAUAUUUGUAUGUGGAAAAUGGAAACGUAACACCUUUUACACAGUAAACUCACCCAUCACGUGAACUGAACUAAAACUUAACUGUAGAAGAAGGCACUGGUACUAACACUACCGAUACACAAGGACUAGUUUUAGAAACCGCCAACUGUAGUACGGUCUACGGUUCCUUUGAUUUUAAAUUAACCCCGUUUCACUCAAAGGACAGAUUUUAUUCCAUGUAACUUUAAAGUAAAUAAAGCUGUGGUUAGUUUUGAGCAGAUAUUUGUAUUGUAAAACUCCCCCACUGUACUUCAACUUUAGCUGUCUUGCCAUUAUCGCCAUCAUCAUCAUCAUCAGAGAAAAUAUGGAUAGAGCUUGAACACGGUGUAGACUAGUAUGCUUGAAGUCUGUCUUCGUCUCCUGGAUGUCAAAGCAAAGACAUCCAUUUGUUGUAAACGAAAGCACUAUGCUGUUGGAUAAAGGAAGAGCCUUCUGACAUUAUAUAUAAAUGAUAUAUGUAUAUAUUAAAAAAAAGGGGGUACAAAAACCUUUUGGGGGGCACUCUACCUUACCAACAAUAAAUUUUGCACUAUGCGACGUUCAUGGCGUGAGGAGGUAGUGUUUUUUGUGUGUUUACCAAGCACAAGAGAGCUUGUACAGUAUAGGAUUUAAAAGAAGAAAAAAAAGCUAUUCAAGCUUCUGUUAAUGAACCAUAAACCAGAGAGGUUAUCACUGCUUUUUUGAAACCAUCACGCUUUCCUGACUUUUGUCUGAAGCGGGGGCCUGUCCAUACACUCACACACUACUAUCCUACCCUAGAACCUGAACGUACUGAAGUAGCAGCCUAAAAGGCCUAGUUUUUUAUACUUUGGGUGAAAAAUCAUGAGUGUAACAAAAGUCAUAUUUCCACUGAGAAGGACUGGGAAAUUUUGAAUCAGGAACCAUUUGCAAAAUGCUAAUGUGUUUAAUUUUCCACGGCUAGCUGCUUAGCCCUCAGACUAUCUGCCUAGUCUUUUGGCUAGCUGUAUAGCCAUUAGGCUAGCUGCUGAGACCUCAGGCUAUCUGCCUAGUCUUUUGGCUAGCUGUAUAGCCAUUAGGCUAGCUUCUUAGCUAGCAUCGAGGCCAAAACAGCAGUGAAACAGACGCAGUGGUCUGUGAUGAAAAUUAAACAGUUUCCUGGUACUGUUCCUAGUUACUGCUGUGGAACUAAGGUGUCUGGAUAAAAGAAACAUAGAAUGCUUUAAUUGGAAUUGGCCCGCCCACCAAACUUAAACUAUUACUUUAUUGGAGAACGACUGUGUUCUCUUGACUUAAAAAAAAGCGUGUCACCUGUUUUGCAUAGACAUGUUUUUGCCUUUGUGUGUAUUUAAAGUAAAAGGGAACCCAUGUGGGAAUGGGAGAAGUAUCCAGGGAUCGUUAGCCAAAGUAGAGGAUGACAUGUUGUGUGCUAUAACUUUUGUGAGUGCAAAAAUUUACUAGAACAUUUCAAAGAGAGAAUAAAGCUGUGUUGUGGGCAGUGGUUGGAAAUAAUCCAAGUGGUUAAUUGUCUAUUUAUUAAUAUUAAUUACAAUGCAUUUAAAAGUCUGUCUACCUCACGUUAGCCUUCUAUUAACUUGAUUUAAAGGGAAAAAAAAAAA